UGAUGUGGCUUUGUGUUCGGGUGUUGUGGCUUUCGGAUGAGUUCUUACUUGAUUGGAUUUUGUCUCCUGUUGCCGUUAGUUAUCAGAAGUUACAGCAUUUGAAAAAAAUGGCGGGAUAAGUGAUCUGCGAAGAGGCCAGGGUGUAACCUGUAGAGCGUCUUUAAAGUGCUCGUUGUGUAAAUCAGUCUUGUUUUGUGGUUUGUGAAGUUAGCUAAAGACAUCCCAUAAAGGCUUUCAGCUGCCAAAGGCUGUUGACUAUAUGAAGACAUUUUUAAAAUCGCUGGAAGUAUAAACUGCAGUAGAUCGUUUGUUAGAGCUGUCAACAUUUUUUAGCAUUAAUACUGGGAAUGUUUGUGUUGUGUACAGAUUAGAUCUGUGGGCGUUGUGCAGACGGGACUUUUAGAUGACGUGGCGCAGGAAACAGAGCUGGCGCAGCCACCGCUUGACUGCUUUUAGUGCUUCCACUGACAAAUGUGUAUUCCUCAUUAUUUCUUUAUUAACUGACUGCUGAACACGAAUAUCUCUUUGUUAUUUUAUUAUUAGUUUGUAUUUGAAUGAUAUAUACAUUUACAGAUAAAAACUCUUCACGUGGAUAUUGCAUACCACAGUGGUAAGCUCUAUGCCCCCUUUGAACCCAGCACUGCUAAGAAAGUAUUCAACCAUCUGCCUGUGGUGCUUAUUUGGAUUAAAUGCUGUCAGAAAGUAGACGGAUAUGAAUAGCGUGACAUGCACAGCAGUCCAAUAGCGACGCCUCUCCUCUGUUCAGCACACUCAGUGGGGACGAGGGGCCUAAAGUCCAAACUCUGACCCGCUCCUCAGUGGCCAUAGAUGAGUUGGUCUCCUGUGAAUGACGCUGGCUUAUUUGUUGAUGUCUGUUUCUGGCGCCCUUUUCUAGCGUGGUGUCCGUCACUGGGAGACUGGCUGACUGCUCCUGCUUCAUGUUAGACGCCAUCACAUUACACGGAUAGUGAGGCCUGCAAGGAAGAAGUGUGGCGAGUCGCAUCAUAAAGCUAAUAAAUGUUGGCAAGAGUUGUAACUCUUUGUGUUUUAGAGGGCAUUAGUAGUAAACUUUGUGGUGCAUCGUUCUGGCAGCGACAUGGGAGUGUGUGAGAACUUCUCUCAGGCUGUCCGUGGGGUUUUGGAAUAUCAGCAGAUCCAUGGUAGGAGAGGAGGGAGCUAUCCAGCCUGGCGCUGUUUGGCCACAGGAUGGCGGGGGUGCAAAGGAGACUGCCUACUGACUGAGGUUUCAUGAGAGCACACGGCCGAGACUCACGGUGGUGCACUGUCGCAGUGGUGUGCCAACAGGGUAGUUUGUCCUGGUCAUCCGAUUAUGGGGCAGCCGCACAGAUUAGAGAUGCCUUGGGGACACUACGUAAGGUCGGAGUGGUUUAUAGACGAGAGAAGACAUGAGAGAGGAGCGUUCCUGUUGUUACAUAUUUGAGAACAGCAGCAGGCCUGCCAAGCAGUUUAGAAGUGACGGACAUUUGGGGCGGCAGUCCGACUCCAGUUGUGCGGUGUGGAAGGGAACGGCAGACGUCGGAGGAUCUGAGAACGGGGAAAACUCGACUAAAAAUGUAUUAUGAGGACCUUAUUAAAAGUGGUCUCCAACUUCAAAAGGAAAAUAAUAAAGCAAGUUUUCAGUGGGAGCUCAUUCUUACAAAUAUGACGGACCACUGUUACAUGCCCGCUGGUGCAACACUGGGGAACAACAUCAUUAUUAAUACCACUGUGCUAGACUGCCUUCUAACUGGUCUGCACAUAAUUCACAUAUUACCAGAUAUUUGGGAUAUCAUGAGUGUUGAUCCUUUUUUUAACACCAUAUUUAAUUUUUUAAACUUACAGAAAUUUAAUGAGGCUAAAAUUUUAUGGAUUCUAAAAUUACAAAUUAACAUUGGCAAAAAUAGUUUUGAGAAUGAUUUUAUUCAAAUACAUUGUGAUAUAAAAGACCACCUUGCAAAUUUUAAUGACAUAAAAUGUUCCCCUCAAUUAUCUGAUGGUCAAUGGAGUGGAUCUGAAGAAAAAGUAUACAGAACAACUAUGAGGCCAUUUGAAGAGUUUGGAUAUGCUAUAGCAUUUGGGAAAACAUGCGUUCAUCCGACCCUUGUAUUGGUACAUAUUAUUAAACAAGAAUUACUGAAAUAUUUUCCUAUAUUUGUUACAGAUGAUUAUGGCAGAGAUUAUGUACUUCAGUUUUUGAUUAUGAAAGUUGUGCAGCCCGAGGGCAAUCAAGUGGCUAUGUGUGCGCACAUCAAUGGAAGCUGGUUUCUAUUUGGCCUUCCUCAUUUACCAACAUUUAUGCCCACUGAUCUUCAGCAACUGAAAGAAAACGGCUGUUAUUACCCUGUCCUGUGUGCUUAUACUCGAAAGUUGCCAAAUAAUGUUUAAAUCUUUUUUCAUAAAAUAAAGAGUUACUUUAAAUGCA